UGAGGCCAAGUAUAGAUAAGAUUUUUUUCAACAUUUAUAUAUGUAUAUAUAUUUAUUUAUUUAUAUAUAUAUGAAGAGUACUUUACAAUAUUUAAUAAGUUAAUAUAUCCACUUGAAAGUAAGAAGAUCUUGUGUUACUAUUUAUCGCAUUGUUUAUUUGAAAUAUUUAAAAAAAUUUAAACUUCAUAUACAUGAGAUAAAUUAAAUCGUUAAUUUAAUAAGUCUGCAACAAAUUUUUAAUAAAUUGAAGAGCAAUUCUGCAUUUUUUUUUAAUUGGAAUUUUUUAUUGUCAUAAAAAUAUAACGGAAGUAAAUAAAAAAUGUACAGACAAUUGUCAUUAGCGUGGAUACUUUUAUCAAUUGCAAUUAUGAUUGCAAUUUUUGAUUCUGUUGACUCGGCACCCAGACAUGUGGAUAAACUUGAUUCUACACUGGAUAAUCAUAUCUUUGAUGAUUCGCAAACAAAAAAACAGAUAACAGUAGAAGAAAUUAAUCUAAAUGGCUUACAACGAAGCAAACGUUCAUAUUAUCCUAAUUUUGGAAUAGCUCGUGGCUACACCGGUUCUCUGCAUGGUCAACAUUUAAUCGGAAAGUAUGCGGCAAAUGAUAUAUAUGGCCCAGGUCGAAGGCGUUAAGAACAAAAUAAAAUUAAAAGCAAAUAUUUUUUUAUAAUUACUCUUAAUUUUAUACUACACUUUUAUAUCAUAUUUUCAAUGUACAAAUAAUAUCUAAUAGAAAAUCUAUUUUUAUUUAAAAAAUUUAUAAUGUUCAUUUUUUUAAAAUAGUAA